AUGAUUUUUCAGAUACUCAUCGCAACUGGAACCCUAGAUCCACCCCACCCACAUAUCGAUUUUAAGCAUCACAUUCCUGUUAGUCCUUUGGAUAAGAAAUGCUUUGAUCUGGUACGCUCGUGGGCGAAGGAAUGUGCAAACCACAAGAUUUGUGCAAAACCAGCUCAGGUACCCCUGCCGAAGCGGGUCAUUGAGAUACCCGCGGAUCUCGCGCAGCCAUGCAGAUUGCGCGCCGCCAGUCACGUUCAGGGUCACUAUGUGAUUCUCUCCCACUGUUGGGGCAAGUCGGACAUCGCAUCAAAGCUCAAGGAUUCGCUGAUCUCCACAUUCCACAAUGCUAUCCCAUAUGGAGAGCUCCCGAAAAAUUUUCAGGAUGCGAUCGAAAUCACAAGAUGUCUUGGUUUCCGCUACUUGUGGAUCGAUGCGCUUUGUAUCAGUCAAGACAAUGCCGCGGAGUGGGCAGAGGAAGCACCCAAAAUGUCAUCAUACUACGGUCUGUCGACGCUCAUGAUUGCAGCCACUGUUGCCGAAGAUAGCAGCAAAGGCAUUUUAAUCGACCGUCACAUUAAAUAUUCGCCAGCCAUUGGCAGGCAAAAAGAGUACUGCUUGCGGGACGAAAGGCUCAGCUCCCUCCAAGACAUCAGCAACUCCGCAUUGGCAACGCGCGGCUGGGCUGCCCAAGAACGAACGCUUGCACCCCGAAUCUUACACUACACGACGCAACAGAUGAUCUGGGAGUGUGGAAACGGCUUUAAAUUCGAAGCUUCCAGCCUGGAAUACUUCAUACAGGUGGAAGAUCUGGAUAAGAGCGCCAUCCAACCUUUCGUGACAAAUGCUCUACAAGCGCCUGGACGACAUAAAACCGUAGGUGGGACUACCGAGGAGACAUCGAUACAGGAGUCAAAACGCCUUGCAGGCUGGAGUUCCUGCGUACAAAAUUACACAGGCCGCCUUUUGACCUUCCCGUCGGACAAACUUUAUGCCAUUUCAGGUGUUGCCGAUAUUCUGAACCACAACGGGGAGAUGGGAGAGUAUCUUUCAGGCAUAUGGAGCAAACACUUUGUCGCUGGUCUGUCAUGGAAAAGGGAUAGCUCCACUCUUUUGACAACACCCCCCGAAUACAGAGCGCCUAGUUGGAGCUGGGCAAGCGUAGAUGGCGCUGUUUUCAUGGAAGACAUC